UUUAUACCGUAAAUACCAAUUACCAAAUUUUGUACUAAUAUAACCAAGUCGAAUUUGUGUUAUAUCACGAUUCAUAUUAGAUCUAAUAUGUUUUUAUGAUAAUUAGAUGAAACACAUCCUGACACUAACUUAUUAUCUGGUACACAUUUUUGCGUGAUUUUCGCCUUUACGACCAUUUCUGCAUUUGGAUCUUUAAUGUUUCCGAAUACAAUUGUUUUGUAAAAUAUUUCCCUUAAAUUAUAUCUAAAGAACAGACCUAUAAAUGUAGUAGCGAGAUGUGCUAUUUAAUCUGAGCAGCAGCAUAACGACACUUUUAGAUGAGAAAAAAAAUCGCUGAAAUUUUGAGUCAGUUAACUAACUCUGACAAAUGUUCAUUAAGUUUGUGAAAAUCGCCAAAGAAAAUUUUUAAUCGCAAUGAAUUAAGCAUUCAAAUUAAUAUUUAUUUUGUUAAUGUUUUAUUAAGUAAAUAAAUAUAAAGGUCCAACUAAAAACUUUUGUAUUUACUCUUUCAACUUUAAUCGCUUUAAAAUUAAUAAUAUAAAUUUUAUAUUAUAAUAAGCAUACACUUAUUAAAAUGGAUAAUGUCUUAAACACACAAGAUUAUCAGUGUGUCUUACAGAAUCAGAAUUACGACUCCUUGAAGGGUCACAACUAUGAAAAUUUCAUGAAUUCUGACCAAUUUCUUGAGGAAAAUUGUUAUCAAGAAUAUCCAAAUGUAAACAAAGGCGAAGAAUAUACACCCUCAAACGGUUACGAAAAUUACAAAAACAGUAACAGUUCAAAUAUUGAUGAAAAUAUAAUGACUAAUUAUAAAAUGGAUGAGGAAUUUAAUAAUUACAAGUUGGAUAAUUAUAAUUUGGAUUAUAAUUAUGGCUACAAUGGAGUAAAUGGGUACACAUUACCAGAUAACACAAAGUGUGUAAACGGUAACGAUAAAAUGGUUGCUAAUGGAAACAUACAAGGAUACUCAAACAAAAACUAUGUUGAUAGUGUAAGUACGACAUGUGGAGUUGAUAGUGCUAAUAAAGAUGCUUGUUAUUAUGAUCAAUAUCAGUACUAUAUGAAUUAUCCAGUCAUGUAUAACAUGCCUAACAUACAGAACCCUAACACUAUGGUCACUAUUAGUAAUUUACCCGAUAAUAUGAUCAACGAAACUAAGUUAAUGAAUUUGAAAGAUGCAGAUAAAUUCAGCAACAGCACUAUUGAAAACGAUAGCGUAUCUGAUGUUGAUUGUACUGACGGAACAAAUCCUCCUGCUAACAGAAGUGACCCUAUCUACACAGCCAUUAGCGGUUUGAAGUGGAAGAGUAAGAGUAAAAAGUGGGUUGUAAGAUGGGAUAAUCCUAUUACUAACAGGAGAGUAUACAAAUACUUCUCAGGAACGCGCUAUGGGUUCCUCGGUGCUCAUAAAAGAGCCAAAUAUUAUCUCGAAUUUCUGAACGCAUCAGUUGGAAAGAUACAAAAUACUAGUCCUGGAAAUCCAUUUUGUAGACGUACUGAAGGACCGCCCAAAGGCAAACAGAACAAAUCACUAAUUAGGAAAAUGUACUUUUCCGCUCAAAAUGACAAUGCUUACCAACACGAGUACAUGAACUCGAUGAUGAACUGCAAUCACAGUGGACAAAAUUUAAUAAAUUAUAGUCAAACUCUAGAAAGUCAAAUGGGUUACAAUGGUGAGUUUAUGCCUAGAAAUGGUCAAAAUUUCAAUCGUAGCAGUGAAGUUAUGGAUUUUAACAACAAGGUAGGAAGUACCAUGGAUAACCCCUGGUUCUUUAACCAACACCAAAUGUUCAAUAAUUACUAA